AUGCGUUACUCAUUCGUCACUUCUCUCCUUGCUGGAGCUAGCAUCGUUCUCGGUUCUCCCAUUGAGAAGCGUGCCGAAUAUGCUAUGGGCUUCAACGCUCCUCCAGGCGGAGACGUUACAAUCCUAAACUACGCUCUUACCCUCGAGUAUCUCGAGCGCAAGUUCUACCAGGAAGGAUUAGCAAACUACACCCAAGCCCAAUUCAUUGAGGCCGGCUUCCCAGACCCCUUCUACAAGAACCUCAAAGAAAUCUACUACGAUGAACAAACCCACGUAUCCUUCCUCUCCGGCGCUCUCACCGCCGCCAAAGCCCAACCCGUCACCGAAGCCAAAUACUCCUUCCCCUCCACAGACGUAAAGUCCUUCGUCACCCUCGCCUCGGUCCUCGAAGGCGUCGGCGUCUCCGCCUACCUCGGCGCCGCCCAAGCCAUCGCCAACAAAGCCUACCUCACCGUCGCCGGCUCCAUCCUAACCGUCGAAUCCCGCCACUCCUCAUACAUCCGCGCUUCCCUCGCGCAAUCCCCGUUCCCGAAACCCUUCGACACCCCCUUAGAUUUCAACCAAGUCUUCUCCCUAGCCGCACAAUUCAUCACCGGGUUCGCGCCAAACGACCCCACCAUCUCACCGCCCUUCAAAGCCUUCCCUGCCUUGAAGCUUGAGGCGAGUCGCUACGCCUACACGGCCGGCUCCUCGCCCGUGACUUUCUCGGGCGCGAUGAAGAAUGGCGUUAAAGCGGGUUUGAUCACGGCUGAUACACCCGUCUACGCGGUCUUCUUCUCGGGUCUGGAUACGUAUUAUGUCAAGGUGAGAACGACGAGGGGUGAUGCGGGGGAUUUCAAGAUCGAUAUGAUUCCUAAGGGGGCGGUGGGUCAGGUGUAUGUGGUGCUUAGUACGGCGGAUGGGGAGGCGGCGAAGGUGAGUGAUGCGAAUACGCUUAGUGGGGUGGGGAUUUUGGAGGUUGUGCAGUAG